GCUUAAUUCUGUCUCGACUCAGUAGACGGGUCACGCUCAGACCUGCUAACAGCUAACUCCAUUUUAUUUUAUUUUCAAUUCUCCUGACAGACAAUGUGUUUGACUAAGGCACAGCUGUUUUUGGUGUGGAUUGUUUCUUUAUAUUACGGUCCGGUCCUGUGUUCAGAGGAUGAGACCCGGCUGGUGAAAACCCUGUUCACAGGUUACAACAAAGUGGUUCGUCCUGUUAAUCACUUCAGUGAUGCUGUGGUGGUCACUGUGGGACUGCAGCUGAUCCAGCUCAUCAGUGUGGAUGAAGUUAACCAAAUUGUGACCAGUAAUGUCCGUCUCAGACAGCAAUGGUUAGAUGUGAACCUGAAGUGGAAUCCAGAUGAUUAUGGAGGCAUCAGAAAGAUCAGAAUCCCAUCAAGUGACAUCUGGAAACCUGACUUAGUGCUCUACAACAAUGCCGAUGGUGAUUUUGCCAUCAUCCAUGAAACUAAGGUCCUGCUGGAACACACCGGGAUGAUAACAUGGAACCCUCCAGCCAUCUAUAAAAGUUACUGUGAGAUUAUUGUUCUCCAUUUCCCGUUUGACCUGCAGAACUGCAGCAUGAAACUGGGCACCUGGACUUAUGAUGGUACACUGGUUGUCAUCAACCCAGACAAUGACCGGCCUGACCUGAGUAAUUUCAUGGAAUCUGGUGAAUGGGUGUUGAAGGACUACAGGAGCUGGAAACACUGGGUUUUCUACACCUGUUGUCCUGAAACUCCAUAUUUGGACAUCACCUACCACUUCCUGAUGCUUCGGCUGCCACUUUACUUUAUUGUCAACGUCAUCAUCCCCUGCAUGCUCUUCUCCUUUCUUACAGGACUUGUCUUCUACCUUCCCACUGAUUCUGGUGAAAAGAUGACACUGUCCAUCUCUGUCCUGCUGUCACUGACUGUUUUCCUACUGGUUAUCGUGGAGCUCAUCCCAUCCACAUCCAGCGCUGUUCCGCUCAUAGGGAAAUACAUGCUUUUCACCAUGGUGUUUGUGAUCGCCUCCAUCAUCAUCACGGUCAUCGUCAUCAACACACACCACCGCUCGCCCAGCACACACACCAUGCCAGCAUGGAUCCGAAAGGUCUUCAUAGAAACUAUUCCCAACAUGAUGUUCUUUUCGACGAUGAAGCGUCCAAGUCAGGAGAUCCGACAGAAGAGACUGUUCCCUACAGACAUGGACAUCUCUGACAUCUCAGGUAACCCCACCCCCACCAGUGUCACCUACAAGUCUCCCAUCAUGAAAAAUCCUGAUGUUCGCAGCGCAAUCGAGGGAGUGAAGUACAUCGCUGAGACCAUGAAAUCUGAUGAGGAAUCAAACAAUAAUGGUGCCUCCACCACCAUCCUUCACUGUAAGGAUGAUAUUGGUCAGUAUGAGAACCCUUCAAAGACCUUUAACUGA